UCGGCUUGCAUCAAGUAUUGAAAGAAAUGAGACUUCUUUUGCUGAAAUGCCUGGCUCAAUAAAAGCUACACGAGCAUAUGAAAGACAACCUUUGACAUGGAGGCACAGAAGCAGCCUGGUGUUACAGCUGCACUGACAGAUCAAGUGGUUCCAAUCUCUUCUCUUCAGCCUGCACGGGGCUCUGCAGAUCUCAGCCGAGGCAAUGCCAUUCCUGCACAGGAACAAGCCCUAUCUCAGCCUGUGUAUCUCAAAGCCCUUACCAUACCACUCUAUCAGCCUGUCCAGGCAGGAUGCUUUCAGCCCAACAGUCAGCUGCUGACUGGCAGGACCUGUGUAAAUCUAGACAGCAGUAACAUUCCUCUCAUCUUGAAUCCAAUUGUUCCUUCAGAAGGCACAGAUCAGCCUCAGUCAGUUUUUCAGAAACAACUUGGGCAAACUUUAACAUUGAGCAUAGUGAGCACUUUACCAAUUUUAUCAUCACCAAAUUCUUGUGUAAAUGCAUCUGUUGGAAGCCCGGGAAAAUCAAAAAAAGCUGGGAAAUAUAUCUGUAAACACUGUGGACGAGAUUGUUUGAAGCCAAGUGUCCUAGAGAAACAUAUUCGCUCUCACACAGGAGAGAGGCCCUUCCCAUGCACAGCUUGUGGCAUUGCAUUUAAAACUCAGAGCAAUUUGUACAAACACAGAAGAACUCAAACACAUGUCAACAACACCAGACUGCCCUCAGACUCUGCCAGCAGUGGUACACUGGAGCAAAAUGAGAAAUCAGCAGAGAGCAUCACUUCAUAUCAAGGCAGCAAACUACCCCGUAGCACCUGCGAAGACAAGGGAAUACAGCUGAAACAAGUAAGUUCAGAGACCAGUGCUGUAACAGACACUAAGAAAUUCCUUCAUGACCUUUCACUGCCACCAACAAACAACUCAUUUACUUCAGAAAAUCAAGAAACAACAAAUCAGUCCUUUAGUUCAAAGGGGAUUCCUGAAAGAGAACCUCAAAUUUUAUCAUCUCCAGGAGCUUUGCCAAAUGGUCAGUGCCAGAGAAAGAAGAUACAGGAGCAAAGAACUCCAACUGUCACUAAGCAUAUUCAGUUGCAAAGGCAGCAAGCAACCUCUUCAGAAAAACAGUGGGAUUACAAGCCAUUUGACUGCAAGCUAAAGAAGUGUGAGAGCACUGACUCAGGGUAUCUGUCACGCUCUGAUAGUACAGAACAACAGAUGGCAUCAUCCAGCCCAUUGCACAGUCUGUGUGAACACAGCACGGAACUGGAAAAUGAAACUGCCUCCAGCAGCCUAAAGGGUACCUCUGGAAGCACUGCAAAGCUAGAUGCAGCUGAGAAAGCUACAGCCUUGAUGCUAGAGAAAAAGAGGCUGGAAGAACACAUUUCAAAACUUAUAUCUCAUAACAAAAGUGUGGUGGAUGAUACCCAGUUAGAUAACGUUAGGCCCAGAAAAACUGUCCUCUCUAAACAGGGGAGCAUUGAUCUGCCAAUGCCUUAUACAUACAAAGACUCCUUCCAUUUUGACAUCAGAACUUGUGAUGCAAAUAGAAAAAAACAUCUUUCCCUUUGUUCAGCAAAAUCCACUUUGACACCCCUAGAAAAAUGUAAGCCAAUGCUUUUUCACUCAGUUCCCACACAGUUCUCCACAGUGGCAGACACUGUGCCAGUUACACGAAGCAACUCCUUGCCAUUUGUGGAGGGCACAAGAAUGGUACAUGACAAAGCAGGUCGCUCAAAACCACUUUCUCUUACUAAGCAGUCUGUAAACACAGGCACUGCUAGUUUGCUGCCUAGCAACAAUCUUGCUGCAAAUUCAGUGGAUUUGCCUAAUAGCCAUCCCCGAACUCUAGUCAGACAAACAGCAGUGGAUGAUUUGCCGCUAAGUAAUGUGGUUGAUCAUCCUCCUCCGCUGGAGGAACUGCAAGGGAAUAAAAAGCUUGGGGCUGGAGAAGUAAUCAGUGCUAAAAAUAAGAAACACAAUCAAAGGAAGUUAAAGAUGUUCUCUCAAGAAAAAUGGCAAAUGUAUGGAGAUGAAACAUUUAAGAAAAUCUACCAAAAAAUGAAAAGCGGUCAAAAUGCCAAGAAAAUUAAAAAAAGGGGGAAUAAGGUUACAGAUAUGACAAGCUUCAGUCAUGAUUCAAAGGAAUCCAUCAGCAGUACUGAAAUUACUGAGGAAAGAGAUAGCAGGAGCUCUGUAAGUGACAGUCUUUCCUCUCUCGUGACAACAGGUUUAAACACUGCUAAAUCAGAACCCAGUACUGAUGGUAACACUAUUCUACAGCAUGUGUCCUCUGAGAAAACUGCAGACAGUGUAAUUUAUGUAAUGGAGACACAUUCAGUAAAGGCUGGUACACAAACUGCAAUGAUCAAAACUUCCCAGGACCUCCAUGGUAGUGACACAGAUGGCAAGAGCACAUUAGUAGCUCCAUGCAGUUGUGAGCUCAGGCUUCAAAAUACUCUUUGCCAGCAGAGCACUAACAGAAGGAGUGAUGAUUGCUUGCCAGUACAGAGUAGCAACUGGGAAAACCCAAGCCCUGGGAAAGAAUCUGGUACAUCUGAAUUGGAUUGUAAAAGCACUUCAAACAAUUAUGGAAACCAUAGCAGGAAUAAGGAAACUGGCCAUUAUGCCCUGGCACCCUCAUGGGUCCAUUGCAACAAUAACAGAGAAGCUACAGGGAAGUGCCAGAAUUUACCAUCAGAAAGAAAAAAACUGAAAUUUGAAGUGGAGAAGACACAAAACAUUAUUUCAAAGUCCUGUCCUAGUCCCAGUAGUGAAAACAAUGCAGUAAAUGAAGCGGAGCGUGUCUGUUGCACUGGCACUCAGUGUCUUUCCAUAGCACCAGUGAAAUUCUCCAAUAAAGAGGAGCAAAAAUUAAGCACAGGAAUUAAUGAAUCCACUGGAGGUACAGAGAAUGUGGAGUACAUGACAACAAUUGAAUUCCCCACUGAAGUUAUUAAUUACAGUGAAGUUAACCUUCUUUCACAUUCAGCAGGUAUCUCAAAAGCUUCAUUUGUGGGAUUUUUAGGGCCUGAAUUAAGGGGAAGUGACUGCCAUUCUUUUGCCUUGCAUAACGAAACAGAUAAAGAUGUCAAAACACAUCUUGUGAAAACAGGAUCAAAAGUACCACUUUUGAACUCCUGUGCUGCUGACGUGUCUUCUAAAAUUCAUCAUCUGCAAUCUGGUCAUUUAACUCCAGUCCUACAACAAAAUGCCUUUUCUCCAAAAUACAUCCUUAAAUUGCCACAAGAAAAGAGAGCCUCAGAUCUGUCGCUCUUGCUUAGAUCAGAACAGAAGAUUACACCUUGCACGUCUGUGACAGACACCUUAACCAGCCCCUCCUGCUCCUCCAACAGUGGAUCACCUGGUUCUCAUUCUAAGGAUCUGGUUUGGUCCCCUUUAAAAUUUGAAGUGAGGCAAAAGGCCAGCAAAGCAGAGCUGCAGUGGAACACACAUGCAAACUGGGGAACUCCAAUAUUUUGUUCACCGCUCAGUUCCAGUGAAACAGAAACAAAAAAUACCUUAAGUUCAGCAGAUAGCACCUUUUAUAACGAAAAUUUCAGGCAGCAGGAUAUUGUAAGAGAUCCUUGGAAAAACAAACAGAACAAAAAUAAGUUAAAUUAUCAAAGGCAAACAGAAGAGAAGUGGAUGAGCCUCACUACUUCCUCUACACAGACCCCAAAGAAGAAAAUAUGCUUUUCUUCCAUGUAUACAAGUGGUUUUUUCAUAUCAGCUGACAUCAAAGAAGAGACAAAGGCUUUACAUAACCCUUGCUCAGGAAGUGACUCUUUGAUAAUGACGUCAGCUUCUAGCAGGGGUGCAGAGGAAGCUAUUCUGGGAUGGGACAGAGGUGAAGUUCCAUGCAUUCUUAAGGACAUUUCACCAACAUUGCAGGAUAAACAGUAUUCUCAGAGUUCAACAGACAACCCCGCUUAUUUUUGCCAUUCUUUUGGCACUUUUUAUUGCCACACUCUCACCACUCACUGUAAAUUCCCAGUGCUACCCCACAAUAAUCUGACUUGCUACUCCAGAAGUUUAACAGUACCAAGCACAAAGAGCACCUUCCCCUCGCUAAAUGCUGAACCUCAAUUAACUUGGUGUUGUUUAUCAAGAAGCUUUCCUCUGCCUGCUGAGCAGAAGGGGAAUGCAGACUCUGCUUAUUCCUCCAUGCACACCUGUGACAAGGAUUCGAGCAAUGAAUGCACACUGUCAAAAUAUGAUAUUUCUAUUUUCAAGAUGAAAAACGUUAGCAAGACUGUGGCAUAUGGCUUAACAAACAGGAGUUUAAAAACACUGGUUUCAUCCUUUUCUAAAGGAGAACAGAUUCAGAAGUUGAACUCAGCAGCUCCUGGUGAUGCUUUCAAAAAUAUUUCAGAGCAAAAGAAGAAAACAGUAGUUUGUAAAAAGGAAAAAAUUUCAACAAAUAAACUCAAGAGGAGCCACAAAAAGAAAAAGAUAAAAGUCACCCCAAAAUGGUACAGAGGGAGGCAUGUGCAUGGAUAUGCUCAGCUGAACCAACUAAGCAAGCAGAACUGCUUCCUAAACAGAACCCUAGAUGCUUUGAAAAAGGAGUGUUUGUCACGACUCUGUAAAUUUAAUAAGUAUAAGAAGUGCCAUUCUCCUCAAUCAAAGGAACAAGAAAAUCACCUCCACGAGAUGAAAGACACAUCUUUUCCCACUUCAGACAAGCCACUUUGCAGAAAGAAGAAACAAGGAAAGAAUAAGUUGGGAGUAUUUUCCCACACUGAAAAUCUCAACCAUGUUAAACAAAACCACAAAAGGGAUAAAAAAGACAUUUCUGGGCAAAUCAGGGAACACACAAGAACAAACUUCUCUUCACAGAACAUUACAGCGCCUCUGGAAACAACUAUGGCAGCUCAUUCCUUUUCAUCCACAGUUGAUAAAGCCAUGCAGCAAGUCAGGGGUGAUGUGGAAGUCUGCUGUUUAGUGACACAAUCAUUUGUGCUUCAGCAAUCAGUCCCAGGGGAGUCACAGCCAAAUGCUCAGAGUGACUCAAUAGCAUCUUCUGUUUUGUCUGCCCCUUCUGAUUUUACAAGUACAGGCACAGGUGACCUACCUGACAGAACCAAAUCAGAGACUACUGGUCCCCUUCCCUUACAUCCAGAAGCAUCCCAGGAAAACACAUUAAAUAUAGACUCAGUGGUUCAAAGAUCUUGUACACCUGGCCUGGUGAUCCAGGCCUCAGGAAAGGAAAAACCACCAACUAAAGAAACCACACAUUCAUCUCCAAAAGAAAACUCAGCUCCCAGUUCCCAGCCUGGAUGCUCACAUUUAUUUUGCUCAAAAGCAGAGUCUCUUCCUCACUCAGUGUCAAGGGCUAAAUUACCCAGUAUAGAAUACACAGACUGGGCAAACUUCUCUCAAAAAAUCCUUGACUUUCAUAGAAGAGCAGAAAAGAAUGGAGCCCACCUGCAGCCAAACAUUUAUGGAAGGCCACAUGGGGCAUCUACUACUACCUUAAGAAAGCCCUCAAUUAAUCUCAGGUCCCCCAAGUUUGAGACUCACUCUGCAGCACCUUCCGAGACAUACAAAAAGAGAGGUUUAGAGAUGAUGAGAAAGCAAAGCAGAGUUGAGCAUGAUGACACUAGCAGUGAUGAUGAAGAUAGACUUGUUAUAGAAAUAUAGCAAAUAGGCUGCUAACAACAUGCUUGUAGGGAGGUCACUACAGAAGGAAAACAGUACAGAUGUUUGAUCUGUAUUUCUGAAGCAACUUAAAAUCAGGAAAGC